CUUAAUGGACUUAUUUGGUGUAGAAUAUCGUUUUCCGUUGGCGUAGGAUUGUGUCGUCCAAUCCAACCAAAACACCCGCACCGCACACGAAGACCCAAGGAAGCCCAACUCCGAGAACACCACCAGAUCCACUUCCCAUUGUAGAUCUCUCGUCUCUCACUCACACUCUCACCGCUUCCAUUUCCACUGUGUGAACCCACAUCACAUGCUCUCUUCAUCUCUCACUAUCACUGUCGCACUCCUCCUCAAACCCUAGCUACUCUCAUCCAUUGUAUUCUCCAUCUUAAUAGACCCCUGAAUCUUGCAUGCUCUACAGCAAUGCGUUUCGCUUUCAACACCGUCUAUAAAGAUCUAAACUUGACGGUACCGGUGGGAUCUCUGCUGUUCGUGCAUUGACACAUAGCUCUUAGCUCCUCCACCAAUGGGCUCCACCCAGUCCGUAUCAGCAGUCGAAGACGACGAGGACGAAGAAGAAGAAGAAGAAGAAGAAGAAGAGGACGAUAAUGGCGAACCCAGUAGGCGAGAAAUGGAGAAACACCUGGUGAAGAAGGUUCUAGAACAAGAGCCUGAGAUGCUGCCGUGCCACGCGUCCGCAUCCCCGCUAUCUCCGCAGCUCUCCUCGCUCGGGACCCCGCGGCUCGGGCCGUCGAUCAAGGUGUGGGACCCCUACAACGUCCUGGCCCCACCCCCGCCUCUCCCGCCACCUCCCUCGGUGUUCUCCACGUCGGAUGCGAUCGUCGACGACGUUGAUCGGAUGGUCUUGGAGGUCUUUCUGAUCAGCCACGGCGAGUGCGAGCUCAACCUCAGUCCAGAUUUGGUCGCCGGGAGGUGCCCCGAGGCCGCUUUGACGUCGACCGGGAAACGGCAGGCCAGGGCCUUGGCCGUGCUUCUCAAUUCUCAGCGGGUGAGGUUCAACGCCGUCUACUCCUCGCCGUUAAACCGGGCACGCUCAAUGGCGCUUUCGAUCUGUCAGGAAAUGAAUAUUGGGGAGGAACGGAUACAACCCUCAGAUGCAUUAGUGGAGAUGAGUCAGGGGCAUUGGGAGGGCUGCCUCCGAUCAGAAGUAUAUACACCUGAAACUUUGAGCCUCAUUGACAGAUUGCAGCCUGAUUUCUCUGCACCAUCUGGAGAAUCACUUAGGCAAGUAGAAUUCCGGAUGGUUCAGUUCUUAAAUGGGACUGUCCUGGGACUGCCUGAAAAGUUGAGAUCAGAUUUUCCCUCCAACCAUCAGAAUGAGAGCCAAGGGUUUUCCCACCACAAUUCCCAUGCUCUGACCAACUCCAUUCAUGACCGAGAUGGGCCUUCCCUCCCACCAAUUCAGUGGGAUUUGCAUAACAAGCACCGGCAAGGGCUUUUAAGAAAGAAGUCUGGUAAGAGCAGGCUACAAUUUGUGACUACUGGAGAUCAUGAGGCUGAGGACGAGAUAUCUCCUCAAAGUUCCAUUCAAGAUUUAGGGGGCAGAACAUCAUCCUGUACCUCCUCUUGUAUUGGUGUGUUCACUCAUUCGAUUCCAAUUAAGUGUGUCCUCACAGGCCUUCUUGGGUGCAGCCCAAUAAUGUCACAUAAGAUUUGCAUAGAAGAUUCUUCGGUGUCGGUGUUGCAGCAUUCAUGGAAAACAGGUUGGCAGAUAAAAAGAUUGAAUGAUACUGCUCAUCUUAGGCUCCUUUAGUUGGAGAAUUUUGCCUCACAUGGAAGUUUCUAAGAGGUGGUAAUUAUCACCCAAUUCUUGCAUUAUUGUGAUUCAUGGAUAGAACUUGUAUGGUGCAUUAUUUCACAUGAAUUGGCACACCUUGUUGUAAUCUUCAAUAUAUUUAUUUCCGGAUUCAACUCCAUAGAAAAAAGAAUUGUUCUGGUAGUUGGGUCGUUGUACU